AUGAGAGUCAAGAGGCGCUGGGAGUACAAGAUCAAGGAGCUAGGGGGCCCUGACUAUUCGACAGCUUCAGAUGCAUUGUCUCUCAGUGGCAUUGCAGCAGCAGGAGGAGACUAUUAUUACUUUGGUGCUGCUAAGGACCUGCCGGGCGUGCGAGAGCUGUUUGCUGCUAAAGCUGAAGAAGUGAAUGAGCCCCGCAAAAGCCGCGCCCAAUUAUUUCGCCGAAUUACCCCCGACUACUUUGGCUGGAGAGACGAGGAAAAUGAGGACCUGCUGCUGGCGGAGCAGCAGCAGGAGCAGCUGUGGCAGCAGCAGCAGCAGGAAGAGUUGAGGCGUCAGCAGCAGCUGCUGGAGAGCGUGGGAGCAGCAGCAGCAGCAGACGUUGCUGCAGGGAUGGCUGCUGCUGCUGCUGCUGCUGCAGCGCGAGACAAAGAGGCAGCCAAACGCAAGCAAGACAGCCAGGUACACACAAUGCCGCAGCAGCAGCAGCAGCUGCUGCAGCAGCAGCAGCUGCUGCAGCAGCAGCAGCUGCUGCAGCAGCAACACAAAGCCGCAGCAGCAGCAGCUGCUGCAGCAGCAGCAGCUGCAGCAGCAGCAGC